AUGAUUCAUCUGCCCAAGCCCGCGGGCCCUGAAAGUGAAGACUGUUUGAAUCUCAACAUUUUCACCCCAAAGUCCGGCUCAGGCUCUAAGCCGGUCAUGUUUUGGAUCUAUGGUGGAAACUUUGCGAACGGGGCUACGUCAUUCCCUCUUUAUGAUGGGGCCAGCUUUGCUGCUGAACAAGACGUCGUUGUUGUCACAGCCAAUUACCGUACGAACGUGUUUGGAUUUCCAGGGGACGUCCCGAGAGAAGAAUCAAAUCUAGGUCUGCUAGACCAGCGCUUGGCAUUGGACUGGGUCCAGCGGAAUAUCGCACAUCUUGGAGGUGAUCCCUCGAAGGUCACUCUCUUCGGCGAGAGCACUGGAGCGGAAUGCAUUGAUGCAUUGCUUACGGUUUCCCCCGACCCAUUGCCCUUCCGCGCGGCGAUUAUGGAAUCGGGCCAAGGCUCGAUCAAAUACCUCCCGGGCGAGGAUUCGUCAACUUACUCCAAGUCAUGGCAAACCCUCCUACGCCUUACCGAAUGCACCUCCGAUCCCUUACCGUGCCUGCGAAAGGUCCCCGCGGCUGAAAUCAAGACCGCAAUUCAAAACAAUAGCUUAGCUUUCGGUCCUGUCGCAGACGGAAAUGUCGCGUGGGCCACGGCUCCUCGUCUCAACCGCCUCAAUUCCAAAACGGCCAAUUCAUCUUAUGCCAGGGUCCCACUUCUCAUUGGGAGUAAUGCCGAUGAAGCGAAACCUUUCGCCAUUGGUCUCAAUGAUACCGAUCAAUUUCUCUGGAAAGUGGGGUUUGGCCUGACCGCGAACCGUUUUACGGACGCGUAUCCCGUAGGCGCUCCGGACAUCCAUAACCAGAAUGAUCAGAUCGCCGCGAUUGCAACAGACCUGGUCUACCACUGCACCACGGCCACUAUCGCAAAUGAUAGCUCUUUUGUCGAUAUCCCAACGUGGCGGUAUUUCUUCAACGCCACUUUUCCCAACACGGAGAUCUUCAAGGGAAGCGGCGCUUACCACAGUGCGGAAAUCCCCCUUGUUUUCGGAACUUACGAGGGAUCCACCGCUACGGUCUUUGAAGAACAGGUCAGUAGGGCGAUGCAAAAGUCGUGGGCCGGCUUUGCGAAAAAUCCAAGCGCGGGCCCUGGUUGGGACCAGGUGCCAACCAUCGGGGUGUUUGGCGAUGAUGUGAGGGUUGGCAUGAAUGAUGAAGGGAAGAAGCCUCUGAAAACGGCCGAUUCGAGUAAUAUCGAUAGCAGAUGCGGGUUGUACGAGGGCAUCUAUAACCAGUACAUAUAUUCGACCUAUUAA